ACCAUCUUUUGAGGGUUCACAAACUCCGUUUCUAAGACUGCUUGCGUGCUCCCAGUAUCGACCGAAAAUUAGCUAAUCUUUCGAUUUGUUUUGCCAAAAUAGCUCCAGGUUAAACUAAAUAUCAGCCGUCCUUUCUACCCAAGAACCAUGAGUAGGAGAUGUCUGAUCACCUGCUUGUUGGUGUUGCUGAUAAAUGAAGUAACUCUGGCUCUGGAAGAAACAGUUGAAGCUGUUGAAGGACGUAAUGUCCUCUUGCCCUGUUUAUACAGCGGUGAUAUACCGAAAAGCAAAGAGGUGGACGUUGCUUGGAGGUAUAAUGACGAUAAAAACGUGCACGACAUUAUCGAAGGGAAUGUGUACGUUGACAACCAGGAUCCAGUGUUCAAGAACAGAACUGAGAGUUUUCCAGAUGCGUAUGGUAAAGGCAAUUUUUCCAUCAGGCUCAGCAGAGUAAGUGGAUCAGAUAACGGGACAUACUCCUGCCUCCUGACUUUUGCAAGCGACACUCUGUAUAUAAAGCUUCACGUUAAAGCUCCACAGCCAACCCCAGAGCCAACUCCUGGAUCGAAAAACAAAAGCAUGGAAUCAAGAUCGGUCCAGAUUUUACUGAUCUUCACCAGUCUGCUGGGAUAUAGUCUGGUUCUCUUUUAGUCCACGACCAGCUCAGACUCUGUUGUUACUAUCUGCUGUAAUAACUGUGUGACUCCACACACAUACAGUAUUUACAGAACUGCAACAAAUGCGUGCUUAUGAAAUGAGCACUUCUAAAAUUCAAUAGCCUUGUUUCAGCAGCCUCUCUUAUUAUAGUCAAAGUAUUACAGUAUUUAGUAGAGUGGCAAAAUGUACCUAUCAAUUAUCAUAUGUUAUAAAAAUUCUGUUCUAAGAAUAAGAAAACCUUGUGAGGUUUUAUUUACAUAGCAAAUUGCAUUAAAGAUCGUGCUAAACCUGGGCUCCUGUCCAGUCUGGAGGUUUUGAACAGAAACAUUUUUUCAACACUCAUCUCAAAACAACUGCCUGCUACUGGAGGCAAGCUAGUAUUAACUUCCCUUACAUUUCCUUACAGAUGUGUAUGAGUUAUUUAAAAUGUAUCUGUGUUGAUUAUUUUGAAUUACUUUACAUUUCCAAAUAUUUUAUCAAAUUUAUUGAAUGUUAUUAAAUAAGCAGCCCUUGGAAUAAUUUGCAGCCCUACAUGUAUCCUGUAUAACCGUAAUAUCACACUGUGUAAAACAGCCAUAAACAGAUUUUAGCCAUAUAACUUCCACAUGAAUACACUUUAAAAAAAUCAAUUCACAAAUACACGUAUUUGCAGUUGAGCCGUUGAAGGAAAACAGUACGUUUUAUUUUUUGAAGGUUUUUUUUUUUUUUUAUGUUCAUGAAGAAUCCCCCAAUUAUAUUUUUUAUACGGAUUUUACUGUUAGGCUUUUUAAAAUUUAUUUAUAAGUAUGAUUUUUUACAUUAUUGUUGUUAUUUAUUUAUUUUCCCAGAACACCCUUAUUGAUUCAGCCCACGUGUUAAGCAGACUGUUUGAACCCCCUCAGUUUGUUUGUCCAGCCUGUUAGUUUACUUUUCCACAUACGACUAUUGCGUUGUUUUUGGCCUCAUUUUUAUCCUAGACCUAUUAUUGUUGGUAUUUCUGGUUUCUGGACUUUUUUUUGGAUUGCCCUUGUAGUUAUUGUUUUCUCAGUUUGUAUUUUGCUGGAUUGGAUUCUCCUUUUGCUAAUAAACUUUUUUUUACUUAUG